AUGGACCGAUCGGGUUACAACUAUUCGCUGUCGUUUUCUGAUGAGAGGAAGAAGACGGCGAUGAAAUCCGUCGACCGGGAGAAGCCCGCCGUGGACGUGAGUGCUCACGUAGAGUCGUUCCGUACCCGCGUGUGUAAUUACAGAACGCCGGCCGAAAUUGGCGAGUCAGCACUGCCCGCCGAGGAAGCGCAGCGGCAACUGGAAGCCCAGCUACAGACGGUGAACGAAGAGAACCAAAUGCUGCAGGCGUCAUUGAGACACCGCACCACCGAGAACGACCGCCUCCGAAGCCAAAUCGCCAUUCUUGAAAAUCAGCAAGAGGACGACCUACGACGACGACGACUUGCCAUCGCCGAGUCGUGCAACUCAUCCAGCCGUGCGGCCGAAGGCGCGGUGCCAUUGCCAUCCGGGUCGAGAAAAGGCAAAGAAAAGAUCGAAUAUCGCCCCGAGAAGGAUGACGACAAGAAGAAGAAGAAGAAGCUCGAGCUGUCUCCUAACAAUUCCGGUGAGAAGCCGCAAGAACCAGCCAAGCUUAAAAAAGCUCGCGUGUGCGUGCGAAUCAAAUCUGAAACGGAGAAGAAUCUAGAUGGGUGCCAAUGGAGAAAGUACGGGCAGAAGACGUCUAAAGGAAACCCGGAGCCCCGUGCUUAUUACCGUUGCUCGAUGGUCAAAGCUAACUGCCCUGUUCGAAAGCAGGUGCAAAGGUGCGCGGAGGACAGGUCGGUUUUGGUCGUCACGUACGAAGGCGUUCACAACCACCCGCUGCCGCCGGCGGCUUUACCGAUGGCGAAAGCCACCUCCGACGCUUUGGAGAUCCUAUUGUCGAGCUCCUUGCAAAGCGGCAGUAGGUUGAUGAACCCACCGUCGAUCCCCUUCCCCUACAGCCUCUCCUCCUCCGCGCCGUUCCCCACCAUGAUGCUCGACCUCACACAAGACCCCGACAACCGCGGCGUUCCCUCCGGCCAGGUCCGGCCGCUGACAUCCUCCCUCGUCGGCGGUGCUUCCCAAGUGGCGGCGGCGCAACCCAAUGCUGCCCUAUCGUCGGUGCAACCGAGCAGCGCUAACGGCUUGUCGCCUUCUGUGCUGGACACGUUGAGCAACGACUUGAUGGCCAAUCCCGACUUCACGGCUGCGCUCCGUGCGGCCAUCGCUGCAGCCAUCAACGGCGGCGCAGGCCCAAGUAAUCGACAACCGGCAAACGAUGGCAGUACCGGCGGUGACUGCGACGCUAGCAGUUCGACGAGCUCGGAUUAA